UGAGACCAGCUCAUUCUCGUGUAGUCUCUCGUUCAGUGAAGACGUUUUCGUGUUUUUUUAAAAAAAAUGGCUCGUACCAAACAGACUGCUCGUAAGUCAACUGGUGGAAAAGCUCCCCGGAAACAACUCGCGACAAAAGCAGCAAGAAAAAGUGCACCAGCAACUGGAGGAGUAAAAAAGCCACAUAGAUACAGGCCCGGAACUGUCGCUCUCAGGGAAAUUCGUCGGUAUCAAAAAAGUACCGAACUUUUGAUUAGGAAAUUACCUUUCCAACGUCUCGUUCGUGAAAUUGCUCAAGACUUUAAGACUGAUUUACGUUUCCAAAGUUCAGCUGUCAUGGCCCUUCAGGAAGCUAGUGAAGCCUAUUUGGUUGGUCUUUUCGAAGAUACCAACUUGUGUGCCAUUCAUGCUAAACGAGUCACAAUUAUGCCAAAAGAUAUUCAAUUAGCUCGUCGUAUCCGGGGAGAACGUGCUUAAUUUCCCACUUGCAAAAAAAAAAAGAAAAACAAAAAAAAAAUCAAUCGGCCCUUUUCAGG